CCAGCGAAGCGUAUUACAUGUCGCUUUAUCAUCCCUCCAGGAUGGACGAUAGCAAAACUAAUCCAUGGUGACAGGCAUCUGCGACCUCCCGGCGGACUGCCUGGCGCUGGUCGCGUCCCUGACCUCCCCCGGGGACGCGUGCAGGCUGGCGGCCACCGCCAUCGCGCUCCGGGCGGCUGCCGACUCCGACCAGGUCUGGGGGAGCUUCCUCCCGGCGGACUGCACCGACAUCCUCGCGCGGUGUAGUGCUGCCGGUGAUGAGCGCCGUCGGGAAGGAGAAACGAAUAAGGAGCUCUUCUCCCGACUCUGCGACUGCCCCGUCUUUCUCGACGGCGGCAAGCUGAGCUUCUCGCUGGAGAGGCAUAGCGGCGCCAAGAAGUACAUGAUAGCUCUGUGGCACGGGUUUGGUGGCUACCAGUACUACGGAUUGGAGGACUCGUCCAGUCACACUUUCACCUUCACUCCAGUGUGCAGCUGCGCUCUAGGGAGGUGAGCAUUCCAUCGUCCGACGUUGCGGCGCCCUUCUAGCGAGGGCGACGAGCAGGGGCCACCUUUCGGUGAUGGAACUGGAUGGCGCUGGUGCGCCAGACGUGCAAGCGAUGGCGAUGACAUAGCUUCCAAAGACGGCUGGCAUCCCUUGCGAGGUGGCCUCCUUCGCGGUGUUGGUCCUUCAAUGAUGUUUGAGGGCUGCAGUGUCUAGUUGUCUUUGCUUUUUGGACAUUGUUGCUGCUCCUGAGCUCCAUUAUAUAAUGCUAGAGUUUUCUCUUUGUUUUUCUUGUGUCUUUCAGUGUUGUGUUGAAUUGUAUCGUUGCUUGUAAGGGCUUCAUUUUUUAAAGCCGGGCGCCAUCCUCUUUUCUAGACAUUGAGCCUUACUAUUUCG